CUCUAAAGAAUAUUUGUUUGAAAAAAGAAAAAAGCUGUAAAACUGUCGUUUGUCGCACUCACGUGUGUUACUUAGGGAAGGUCUGGUUUAUGGCAAAUAACUAAACAAACAAUGUUCAAAAAUAUAUGAAAUGAUAUAUAGGUAACUAAUUGGAUGGAAUUAUCUUACAUAGACAGGUAUCUAAUGGUAUUUUAAGUAUCAAGAAGUACGUACACUUUUAACCCUUAUAAUACCAAGCGGGGUGCAAAUGCACCCCAACGUCUGUAUUUUGGUCAUAAUUUUGACAACAAAUUUUUGUGACUUCUGGGGUCGUUGGUAAUUGUAGUUUUUAGUCUUCUGAGCACCUCCUAUACAUUAUUUGAUUUUAUAUAAUUUUGCUAAACAAAAAUAAUUGAGACAAUACACUCUGGGGUGCGUUUGCACCCCGCUUGGUAUCGGACGCUUGUUGAAUUUCCGUCAUAUAAAUCAUGCGUAUUAUGAAUUGGUUCUUUCAAGACGCAUGCGUCGGCUGCUUGGCAAUAUGGCAACAUUUGUAUUAGCCAGUGAUGUGUUAGACAGCAUACAGGUAGUGUUGUCCGUUGAUUGAAUUUUUCUGUUUGGUGUGAAUUCGUGAUAACGAUGAGCCGGUUACGUUUUCGUGAUGAAAAUAACCUCACAGAAGCGGAAAUGCUGAUGUUACUUGAAGAGGAUGAUACGGAAUACGACGCGCUGAUUGAAGAAGAUGCCGCAAGUGAUAUUGAAGAUAACGACCAUGUAUCUGACCAAGAAGAAGUUGAUGACCUAAUUUGUGCAAAUGAUGAAGAAACAGAACCGCUGCAGGUUGACCAAUCGGACUCGUGUGGGGAUAGUGAUCCGUUUUAUAUUGCCAAAGAUGGUACACAUUGGUCUAAGUUACCCGUAAAUAAAAUUUCUAGACGUUCGCGAGCAAAUAUCCUUACCGUUGCCCCAGGGUCAAAUUCCAAAACAUCCAGCAUCAAAGACGCAUUUUUUUUAUUUUUUACUCCAGAUAUACUGGAAAUCCUUGUGCGGGAAACCAACCGUAAAGCUCGACAAUAUUUUGAUGAGUGGAAUGCUGCAAAUCCCACCCGUACCAAGAAAUAUGCAGCAACCAAUGACACUGAAAUUGAAGCAUACAUAGGCUUAUUGAUCACCAUGGGAGCAUUGCAAGCAAGUAGGGAACCCAUUGAAAUGCUUUUCACUAGUGAUCUCGCGUAUUGUCGGCCCAUUUUUCCUGCAACACUUUCCAGAAAUCGAUAUAAUUUCCUAACAAAAUUCUUGCGCUUCGAUAAUUUUGAGACGAGGCAAGAGAGAAGACUUAUCGAUAAAUUGGCACCUGUAAGAGAUAUUUUUGAAAAACUGGUGUCAAACUGUAAACGUGCGCUCAACCCAAGUCAUCAUUUAUGUGUUGAUGAACAACUAGUGCCAUUUCGAGGGAAAGCACCAUUUCGAGUCUAUAUGAAAAAUAAACCGGCCAAGUACGGAAUUAAGAUUUGGGCUCUUGCGGAUUGUGGUUCGAACUAUACUGUGAACAUGCAGGUGUAUUUAGGAAAAAUAAACAAUAAACCAGAAAAAAACCAAGGCCAACGGGUGGUCCUUGAUCUUGUUGAACAUUUAGGUACAGGAUACGGUAUAACAACCGACAAUUUUUUUACAAGCCUUAAGCUGGCUGAUAAACUCUGGGAAAAAAAAUUAACGCUCUGUGGAACACUUCGUAAAAAUAAAACAUUUAUACCCAGAGAAUUAUUGCCCUCUCCAAUGAAGCCAGUAUUGUCUUCUAUGUUCGCUUUCAAAAAGAACCGCACUUUGGUUUCAUACGUGCCACAAAAAAGGCGCGCAGUUCUAUUACUUUCCAGCGAACAUGAGGAUGACAAAGUCAAUGGUGAAGAUGUGGACAACAAACCAGACAUAAUCUUACAUUAUAACAGUACUAAAGGUGCGGUAGAUGCAACGGAUCAAAUGGCCCAAAAGUACACCACGCAAAGAAAGACCGCUAGGUGGCCUAUGGCAAUAUUCUAUCAUAUGAUUGAUAUUGCAGCGAUAAAUGCCUUCAAAAUAUGGGUGAUGGCUAAUCCUGAAUAUGAAAAGGGCCAUUUAGAUGCAAGAAGAAGGUUUCUGCUACAAUUAGGCAAAGAUUUAUCUAAGGAUCACAUAAUGUUUCGUUAUAAAAAUAAUAAUGGUUUGAAGGCGAAUAUAAAAGAAUGCAUGCUGAAGGUUUUCCCUGAAAUGAAAGAAGAAAGAACACCACAAGAACAACCAGAGGCAACUCAAGGUCGAUGUUAUCUUUGUACAAGACAGUUUUGUAUAGAUUGUUGCCAGUUUGUAUGUCUAGAACAUUCCCAAAAACAAGUGUUAUGUCUAACAUGUAAAAAUAAAAAAUAGUUACCCAUUUUUUAAAUUUAUGAAGCCUGAGUUAAAUAAAGGUUAAAUAUCACUGAUUACAUAUUUUUCCAUUCAACCAGAACCUAAUAGAGUAAAAUUGUGUAGAAAUACUGUAAUUAUAUGUAAAAAAUUAAUGGGGUGCAAAUGCACCCCGCUUGGUAACGCACGUAAGAAUAAGAGCUUGGUAUUAUAAGGGUUUUAAUAAGGUAAUGAAUUCAAUGGAUUUACAUUACUGCAAUUCUAAGUGAUUAAGACUAGAUAGCGAUAGGCAUAUUUUUACAUUGAUUUUUUCCAAGAUUUGGCGCCGAAUUGGCAGGCAGCGAGAUGGCCUGGCGCCAAAAUGACCGGCGCCGAGAUGUCCUGGCGCCAAAAUGGCCAGCGCCAAAUCGGCGGCGCCCAAUCAGCGGCGCCGAGUUGUACCAGACCGUGUUGCUUAUCUUAUGUUUGAUAAAAAAUGUUUCUCAAACAUUCUAACAGAAAACCUGGCAUCAUCAUUGCACGACUAUAUCAAUAACAGUUGCUAAUGAUCAGAGCUUUGCUGUCGAAAGAAUGGCAAAAACUUCAAAGGCUGAUAGUUAGAAAAAUUCCACCGGGACCGAAUGCUUUUGGAGCCCAACUACUCGCGGUAAUAUAAUAAUGACAUAUAUUUAAUUUCAAAUACAAACUUAUAGCG